AUUUAAAUGUUUUCAAAGAAACACAGCCGCGGCAAAUUGUGAGGAAAGCUUCAAGAAUCAAGUGUGAGCGGUCGCAGUCGGAGGUGGUUAUACCGGGCGCGUAGGCUAAGUCGUACCUGCCUCGGCGCGCUUGCCGCCAGUCCGAGCUUGCCCGACCACAACGCGACACUGCACGCGACCCGAACACGCACCGACAUCGAAUAUCGAACACCGUUCACAAUUCGAACACUUUUCAAGUUUUAAACAAUUCGAACGUUACAACUGACAGUUACUUUUUAUUUGUUGUGUACUUGUGAAGCGAACAUGCAUGUGUUAACCCCCUUGCUGCUGGCGUGGGCACUUUGCGGGGUCCGUGGAGUGAUCAGAACGCCGCUGGAAGCCUUCAGGCCCUCGGGAGAGAUUCACUUGAGGAGGCCAGAUAAGCUGCCAUUUUUACCACACAAGAGAAUACCACUGCCAUCGAAGAGUGAUCUCAAGAUACUAUACCAGACCGGGGGUUCCGAAGAAGACCUACCAGCGUGCCGGCCGCGCCAGGUCUGCAGUAAAGUAGACUUGUAUGACGCGACGCAGCCCUGGAUCGAGAGAAAGUGUCGCUGUUUGGGACAUAGACCUUGUUCAAGUGAUUUAACGGGCGAUGACAACCACACACUGUCAGACAAGACAACGUUAUACAAGACUUGUGAGCCAGUGAAGCGUCUCCCAAAAUGCCGUUACUUCAAGGAUGCUGCUUGGAUCAUCUACUCGUUUCCCGACAGCAAUGCGACCCAGCAGAUCGUCAACUGUCACUGUCCGAAGUUCUCGGUCACGUACCUAUUGAAGAAGCUGCCGUACACGACACCUAGCGGGGAGCCGGGGAACCAGUACCAGUUCGCGUGUUCGCCGCAAAGCAGGCUACGUUGUUCACGAAAAGAGCCUUGCAAGUUAUUCAGCGCGAGGAGACGACAUGAACAAAUCGACGAGGUGAAUGCUAACACCAUCUGCCAGUGCCCUCGCGGCCACACCUGCCCACGCCACCACACGGAGACCGGCGUACUGGCCGGCAUCACGUACGCCGCCGAGGACAUCCGCACCUACCACGGCUACUGCAUGCCCGAGCCCCCGCCCGACGCAUACAGAUUCGUAGGAGAUAAGGAUUGAAUCUAACCACCAACAACCCUCAACAAGUGUGAUUCAGCUGGAAAUGUACUUAAAACUGUACAUUGAACGCGCUCCACAGCUUCAACGAGCACAACAAAGUUUGCUUUGCUCAUUACCUGUUUAGUACAAAAGUGAUAAGCAUGUUUGGUUUUAAAAGAAUGACUAAUUUGUUAUAAUUUAAUGGCAGUGAUGUCUGCAUCGUGGUCUCGGAUACCGAUACCGUUUAUGUUUGUUAAUGCGUACACUAGUCUACGUGACACGAUCAAAUGUACGAACAAUAUGUAAGCUUCGAUAAUGUACAACGAUAUUUAAGUGAUACAGAUACUGUAAAUACCUUAUUUAAGUACUUUGUAUUACGCACUGUUUCUGUUAUAAUCAUGUAAAUAAUCUUAGCGUAAGUCGAAUCAUUCCAAACGUUUAGUUUAAAUUAUUAUUUUUCAUAUUUUAAUUAUUUACUUGCCAUACUUACGUAGUUUGUUGCGUUUGUUCCGCGUCUUCCAUUCCAGUCAAGAAGACAAAGUUAUGUUCAUUGUUUUGUUUGUUUUAACAAAUUGUGUAAUAAUAUUGUUUGUUAUACGAAAGCGAGUUAUUUGAUAGCCAUAUAUUAAGGUUGUAAGUUUUAAAUUACAUUUUAAAUAUCUUAUUGAAUUUGGUUUCAGUAUCGUCUGAUACCGAAAAGUUGAAUUUGCUGAUUGUAAACGAGAAUGAGUGUGUGAGGAUUGUAGUGCUAAAACUUAAAAUGUAUAGUUUUAAUAAAGCAUCUAUGGAUUAAUACCAGUGACGAAAUGUUUUAUAAUAUUAUUGGCGAUCGUUUUCUCUAGCUAGAGUUUUGUAGAUGACGAAAUCUAGGAGUUUGAAUAGCGCUGUAUUUAUGUAAAUAUGAUAGAAUGUUGGUGUUUGUAUGAUACCUGCGAUGUGGUAUGUCUUCCUUUAUUUGUUUUAUUAUGUAUAGGUAUACAAUAAGUUAAAUUAUUGAAAGAAAGUGAAUAAAUGUUUCGAUAUCAAUUUUA